AUGUUCUGCGCACUACAUGUCAUUAGUAUACAAGGCGAAGAGGCAGCCGCUGAUGAAGGGAAUGCUGAGCCUACCACGGCUGGUGGUGACGCUGGAGGCCCUGAUGGUGGGGCAGCACAAGGGGAUGAAACUACGACAGGUGGAGGGGAUGCGGGAGCUCCCGCACCUGCAGAUGGAGGUGACGCUACUACAGCUGCAGAUGGAGGUGAAGCUGCUACAGCUGGAGAUGGAGGUGAAGCUGCUACAGCUGGAGAUGGAGGUGAAGCUGCUACAGCUGCAGAUGGAGGUGAAGCUGCUACAGCCGGAGAUGGAGAUGGAGGCGAAGCUGCGACAGAGGGAGGGGAUGCCGGAGCUUCCCCAGCUGCAGAUGGAGGUGAAGCUACCACAGCUGCAGAUGGAGGUGAAGCUGCUACAGCCGGAGAUGGAGGUGAAGCUGCUACAGCCGGAGAUGGAGGUGAAGCUGCUACAGCCGGAGAUGGAGGUGAUGCUGCGACACCUGGAGAUGCAGAACCCAAAACCCUCAUCUACACGUUUCAAUGGCAGUGGAUGGCUGGAAGAAGGGUUUCAAUGAUAUCGAUGGUCUUUAUUGUGGAAGAGGUCCCAUUCCAAUUCACUGAGACCUUUGGUUCAUCAAUGAAUCAGAGACGUAUCGAGCACGUCCGCCCGCCGCGAUCGGCAUUCCUAGAGGACGAAAAGUUACCGAUGUAG